AUGUCUGAUAUUGAUGAAGAUGUUGGACAUACCGUGGCGCACUUCUUAUACACAGGCGGUUACGAGACAGUCAGUUCGCCUCUUGACGAAGGCACAUCAGAUCUCGCUAGAGAGUACAAGAGGAGCGUUUUAGUUUACCAUGCGUCAAGGACCUGGGGUCUUGCUGAUCUUGAAGCCCUUUCUCAGCAAAAGAUGCUGCUCUUAGAUGAGGAGCUCCCAGUGCUUGAAAUUCUACGGAUAAUGAGGGACAUUUUUUCAACUCUCCCCGCUGGUGAAACUUGGCUUCCAGGUUACAUUCAAGGAAAAUUGCAGCGCUCGUUAAGGCCUAAUGAUCCGGGGCUUGGUUUACAAGAAUUCUACAAUGUUAUCGGCCAAGAUCAUCAGUUCGAUAAUGCGGUGAUGAAAAUGAUUAUCGAGAUACUAUCGAUUCGCAUAUUUUCUAUGAAAGAGCAGCAGGUGAAGACACCGAACGGCAUCAUCUCAAAUGAAACCCUUCUACAAGGGCCUGUCUCCGAAGGGCCUGAGCCUGCCCCCGAAGAGCCCGAGCCUGUCCCCGAAGAAAAUGAGUAUCCCCCCGAAGAGCCCGAGCCUGCCCCCCGAAGAACCUGA